UUGUUCCAGCUUGCAGUGCUGUUUCUAAGCCAUGUCGGUUAGCGACGACAAGAACGGCGUCGAGGGCAUCAUGUCGAUCCCCGGUGCGGAGGACACCAUCGACCCUGCGACGUUUGAGCAGAUCCUCGAGAUGGACGAGGACGAGGUCGACCGCGAAUUCAGCAAAAGCAUCGUCUUCGACUUCUUUGGCCAGGCAGACAGCACAUUUGCCAAGAUGGACACAAGCCUUGAGAAGGAAGAGGAAGACUACCUCAAGACGCUGAGCGAGCUCGGCCACUUCCUCAAGGGCUCCUCCGCCACGCUCGGCCUCACCAAAGUCAAGGACUCGUGCGAGAAGAUCCAGCACUACGGCUCCCUCAAGGAUGACGCAGGCACAGAGGACAUCACCGAGAAGGAGGCCAAAGAGAAGCUUGCCAUCAUCAUCAAGCAGGCCAAGGAGGAGUUCACUGAGGUCAAGGACGUGCUCAAGGAGUUCUACAAGGACACGCCAUAAGCCGCCCACCGCGCACAAGGGCCCUAUCGGUAUGCGACGGCCCAUACGUCAUGAGCGCUGGCCGACGGUGUGGGUUCCGGCAGCACGCGCGAGCACGCACGCCGUCAAGGGGAGCGGCAUGCGACACGGCGUCCUGCGCAGCGACCGCAUCUUGCCGCCCAGCGAGUCACGAGUUUCCUUCGUCUAUGACACCGCCUCUGUUCUCUAGGGACAUUCGUAAGAAUACCGUCAUGAUUUGCGGGGACGGAUUCCAUAGCCAGCCUAGAACAUGCCUCACUUCUCCUCC